AUGGAUGCCCGGGUUGGGGCGCUCAACGCCGGGCAUGGGGGAGGGGCGGCAGCCGUUGACGGCGGGCCAUCGAGGAUCACGCAGCAGCAGGAGCAUGAGCAGCAGCAGCAGGCCUUGCAGCAGCAGCCGCAGAUCGGAACAUGGCAGCAUCUCCUGUCGGGCGGGGUCGCCGGGGCAGUCAGCAAGACCUGCACGGCGCCGCUGGCGCGCCUUACCAUACUUUUCCAGGUGGGCUACUUAAUUCCCCGAACGGGGGUAGAAGUAAGGCGUCGACUUCCAUUUUCCUUGGUUUAAUCAUUCCUUGAAAACGUGGCAAGAGAUUUCGCUGCGGCUAAAUUUGUCGCUGAUGGAAGGACGAUAAGUUUCCGUCCUCUGAACAUUAUUUGCCAUGAAUCAGCAUUGUCAUCCUUCAGAUGUUCGCUAGCUAGAGGAGGAGCUACUUUUCGACUCUGUAGGAAACAGGAUUUUUUACUCCUUUUUCUCCUUUGGUGUGUUUUGAGGUUUAUCUAGUUUCGAUACCCAACGGAGGAAUCCAGAUCUUCUUAACUCUAUUCAAUUAUCCUCUUUAUAAGAUGCAUAAUAUCUCGUCUCUUCUGCAGGUGCAAGGUAUGCAUUCCGAUGUUGCGACGUUAAGCAGGCCUAGCAUGUGGCGCGAGGCUUCCCGUAUAGUUUGUGAGGAAGGAUUCAGGGCAUUCUGGAAAGGGAACCUCGUCACAAUUGCUCAUCGUCUUCCGUAUUCUUCCAUAAGCUUCUAUGCUUACGAACGCUACAAGAUUGUGAGUUCAAUGAACCCUCAGUGAUGACUCUUUGUAAAGUUAUCACUUGAUUUUGGUCUUUCUCGGGUCGCCCCAUUGUUUAUCCCAUUUGUUUUUUCAUUUUUGCAGUUGCUGCAAUCAGUUCCUGGGCUGGAUAGGCAUAAUGACUUUGUGGCAGCAGAUAUAUGUCUUCGAUUAUUAGGGGGCGGUUUGGCUGGAAUAACGGCUGCAUCAGUGACGUACCCAUUAGAUCUUGUGAGGACACGGCUUGCAGCUCAGGUAACCUAACUUCAUUGAGAGGUGGAAGCGAAAAUUUUGGUUGGUUGAGUCGACUGUAGCACUUGGGAAACUGACAAUGUGGCUCUCUCCUUAAUGUCAUAAUUAGAAUCUUGAUGAAAAUAUAUAGCUACAUAUAUUCUUUCAUGCUUUUUUUGGGGGGGCGAGGUGGGGGUCUUGAGUGGUUCAAUCUGGCAGGGCAAGUUAUCCGAAAUGGAUCAAGAAGGAAAUACGAUUAGGCUGAUCCUGGAUCGGGAUUAGUAUCACUUAGAAUUGCUCGAAAAUUAUAGGGGUUCCUAGGGUUUUCUGAACUUAUUUUGAAAACAAUUCGAAGGAUUGAGAUACUCAUCGAAAAUUAUAGGGGUUCCUAGGCCAUUUCUUGGAGCAGCAGAAAAAGAUUACUUAUUAUGGACUGGUGGGAAAUCUCUGAAUCUAUUACAUGUUUCAGAAGGUUUUGGUUUGUUCCUCUUCAUGAUAUCUGGAGGUAGUCUGACAUUUAGUUCGUGAUAUUUACGUGUUUUCAUCACUGCGCUUAUGUAUAGUUGCCUAUAGAAAAUGCAGAAUGCAGCCUAGCCAUGGGAGCCUGCCCAAGCACCUGGGUGGACUUGCCAAGGCAUCUGUACAUAGGCGGAUCCCAUACCAGUCAAUGUAACAAUGGGUGUGCUCCUAACUUCAAGGUGGGUGAGGCCUUGAUAAGUUGGGACUAGUUCACGUAAAUUUUAUAAUUUCUUUCCGUUUCCUUGGAACAACAAUGUUUUCAAUAAUAUUGAAUAUUUUAUGUCUUCUUCCUUUUGUUAAUGGUGUAUUCACCCCUUACUCAUCUGGCUGGAUAGAAAUGUCAUACGGUCUUUUUGGCUUUUAGAUUGGUCUUCAUGAAGUAUAUUGGUUUUGAAUCAUUGCUUUUUGUGAACUCUUAACCAUGACACUACCUAGGAUUAUAUAAACUGUGUAAUGUUGGGGAAUGGCUAUUUAUCGUAAAAUCUGCUGCCAAGAUAGAGAACAGCAUAUGUAGGAUCCGCUGAGAGCGCACCGUUAGAGGGUUGGAGUCUGAGAUGAGGCAUCAUUGGGGGCGUUAUUUGGAAAACCCCUCAUCUCUAUCCUACCCUAAAGUUGAUAGAGACUUUGUUCAUGCUCAUUGAGUUUCAUGCAAUGCUGAAGUUGAACUUUUCUAUAGAUCUUAAGAUGAAUCUAAAAAUAAUCAGUUAUCUUAUGGUCAAUAAAGUGAAGAAAAUGUAAUCUUCAGGAAAUUUGACUGUCCGUCAGCUUGUUGUUAAUUUCCAUUGGUCCUUGAGAGGGUUAAAUAUCUGCUGCAUAAGUUAAAAUAAUUUCAUCGUAACGAGUCAGCUACUUCAGAAUCGUGGAUUGCAUACAGUGACAAUAUUGCUUCUCAUAAUUUAUUGUUUUACAUUCGAUUAUUAGGGUACUUUUUCUCUCCCUCAGCAUGUUAUUGACCUUUUUUCAUUUAAUCUUUCAGACUAAUGUUAUCUACUACAGAGACAUUUCUCAUGCGCUCUAUACCAUUUGUAGAGAUGAAGGAGUCAAAGGUCUGUAUAAAGGCCUGGGAUCAACAUUGCUGGUACCCUCGUAGACUCUCAAUCCGCAAUCCCAUCAAAUGUGCUUAUAUUUUAUCUCUUUGAGGCCUGAUAUGCGAUCCCCAACGUGCAGGGUGUUGGGCCCAACAUAGCCAUCAGCUUCUCUGUUUACGAGAAGCUCAGAUCCCAUUGGCAACUGCGAAGGUGAUUUCUCAGAGAAUGACUGAAACUUAGAUUACGAAAAACCCCUCAGGAAAUUAAGCUAUUCAGUCCCGAGAUCCCCGGUGCCUCUGCCCCUCCCAGGAAAAAUGGCUGCAGAUAAUAUUAUUUUUCUUGCAGGCCUGAAGAUAAUACUGCUCUUGUCGGGUUGGGUUGCGGGAGUAUAUCAGGGAUUGCCUCCUCUAGUGGUAUGCAUUCACCUCUAGCCUCAGGGUUGUGACUAGCUAUUAUUAGUUGGGUUACGAAAUGUGUAUCCCCAGUCUGGCAACGUAGGGUUUAAAACACGCCAAUGCCGGUCUCAGCUGUGGAUAUUCCCGCGCGUUGUCAAUUAAUGGGUGGGUCUCCUCUUCUCUGCAGUAACGUUUCCUCUGGAUCUUGUGAGACGGCGGAUGCAGCUGGAAGGAGCAGCUGGGCGGGCCCGCGUCUAUAACAAGGGCCUGUUUGCCACAUUUGGGCAAAUUGUUGAGAGCGAGGGUCUUCGCGGUCUCUACAGGGGCAUCCUGCCAGAGUACUUCAAGGUUGUUCCCAGCAUUGGGAUCGUCUUCCUGACCUACGAGUCACUGAAAAGAUUCUUCUCAGGCGUGCCCUCUGACAGUGAGUAG